UUGCGGAUAAUCAAUUAUAUAACAGUAUUAUUACUGCUCAUGCUAUUAUUAUGAUUUUCUUUAUGGUUAUGCCAGCUUUAAUCGGUGGAUUCGGUAACUUCUUACUUCCAUUAGGAUUAGGAGGACCUGAUAUGGGAUUCCCUAGACUUAAUAAUAUAAGUUACUUAUUAUUAAUACCUAGUAUUGUUCUUUUCUUAUUUGCAGGUGGAAUAGAAAAUGGAGUAGGUACAGGGUGAACUCUUGAGUGUAAGGAGUUGCUUUAUGGUAACAUAGAGGCAAUAAAACUCUCCUCGAUGCGUGAAAAUCUUCCAAAAAUUUUAUACUACUCAUGUUUUAUUAUAUUAAUAAAUACGUACGUAAAAAUGUAUAAUUCACGGAGACAACACGCCUGGGUAAGAUUAUCUUAUAAAUUAGUACAAUCUAGAUAUAAUCUAAGAUUGCUUUAUUAUGUAAAAAAAGAGUUAGGAGUAGGUUCUGUAACUAAGGAUAAUAAUAAAGGACAAUUUUUUAUAAGAGAUCGUAAGCACAUAGAAAAUAUAAUAUUACCUAUUUUUGAUAAAUAUCCUUUAUUAACUAGCAAAUAUUUCGAUUAUCUUAGAUUUAAGAAAGCUUUAUGCAUACUUAAUAAUGAUAAUAUGAGUAAAGAACAAAAAGAAAAAGAACUUUUUAUACUUAAGAAUAGCAAAAAGGAAGAUGAUUACUUAUCUCCUAGAAUAGUUCAUGGAUUUGGUUUAACUCAAAAACUGGACAGAAUAGUUUUAGAAAGUAUAAGAUUAAUACUUCAUAUCCCUAGUCCAGUUAAAUACAAAGAAAUGUAUAAUCAUUACAUUUUAGAUACUACUAAUUCUAGGUCGAUUGAAAAUAUCAUUGAUUAUUUUCAAAACACAAUGAAAGGUGUAAAAUCAUUAGAAUAUAGAAUAUGAGCUAGAUCAUAUGUAAAAAAUAAAGGAAAUUAUGAAAAAUUAGCUAGUAUUAGAGAUACUGUUA